AUGGGGUUGAAAGCAGCUGUCAUUGGCAGCGCAUUUGCGGCGCUCGCUCGGACGGCCGCUGCAGCGCAACCGGGCGCUGCGGAACCAGUCCCUGCGCCAAUGCGUGACCUGGUUUGGGGCCGCCUCAACUUUUUGCACACAACAGACACACACGGCUGGCACGCAGGGCAUCUGCAGGAGCCGCAAUACUCGGCCGACUGGGGGGAUUAUGUGUCGUUCGCCCAUCACAUGCGCGAGAAGGCGGACCGUGAUGGUGUCGAUCUGCUGCUUGUCGACACGGGCGACCGUGUCGAGGGCAACGGCCUCUACGAUGCUUCCAGCCCCAAGGGCGAGUACUACUACGACAUCUACCGCCAACAGGACGUCGACAUCAUCUGCAGCGGCAAUCAUGAGUUGUACAUCGCUUCCACCGCGGACGGAGAGCACCGCUACACCGUGCCCAAUUUCAAGGAGAAUUACAUAGCCUCCAACCUGGAUUAUAUCGAUCCCGAAUCUGGCGAGAAGACGCCGCUGGCCCAGCGGUACCGCAAGUUCCAGACCAAGAACCAGAAGUUGGACGUUGUAGCGUUCGGCUUUCUCUUUGACUUCACCGGCAAUGCCAACAACACUGUGGUCCAACCCGUCCGGGAAACCGUGAGAGAGCCGUGGUUCCAGACGGCCAUCCGGGAAGAGACGGAUGUGUUUGUCGUGAUCGGCCACGUCGGGGUGCAGAUGCUCGAGUUUAAGAUCAUCUUCCGGGCCAUUCGCAAGGCUAACCCUCUCACCCCGAUCCUGUUCUUCGGUGGCCACGUCCAUAUCCGCGACGCCACAACCUACGACGCGCGGUCCUUCGCCGUUGCCAGCGGGCGGUACUUUGAGACCAUCGGCUGGAUGUCGAUCGACGGGGAACUCGAGCGGAAGGCCCUCUCCACAGACACCAACUUUUCCUUCACCCGCCGCUACAUCGACAACAACCUGCUCGGCCUGCACUACCACACCGGCCUCGAUGCCAACACCUUCCCCACAGAACACGGCCGCAACGUGUCGGCGAUGAUUACCAGCGCCCGCAGCGCCCUGGACCUCGACUACGCCUUCGGCUGUGCCCCCCAAACCUUCUGGCUGUCCCGUGCCCCGUAUCCAGGCGACGAUAGCAUCUUCACCUGGCUCGAGAAGGACGUCCUUCCGGACAUCGCCGUCAACCCGGCCCGCGCCGACGUCCCGCGUCUGGUCAUCUUCAAUACCGGUGCCAUCCGUUUUGACAUCUUCCAGGGCCCGUUCACCCGCGAUGCUACCUUUAUCGUGUCCCCGUUCCUAAGCAAGAUGGUGUACAUCCCCGACGUGCCCUACGCGGUGGCCCGCAAAGUCAUUGGGCUCCUCAACAAUGCCGGCAAGAUCGUGGCCGAGUCGGGCUCCGAAUCGGGCUCGGGCCCUUCCUUCCCACGAGACCCCCGGUUCAUGGCAAACCCUGAGCAGCUCGUCAUUCACGAAUCAGUCAUCCACGAACUGCCUGUAUCCAACGCUGCGAACGGUGGGCCUCUUCUAGAUACCGAUUUCCAACAAAAACCUCUCGGCGAUGAUGGUGCUAAGCCCACCGGCCAGCGGCCUCGUCUGACUGAAGGCUACACCACACACGACGACAUUGGACGUGACGGGGACGACACCGUGCACCAGCCAGUCAACUUUUACGUCGUUCCCAACUGCGUGCAAGCCGAGGUCGGGUUGCCUCCGGCGGUGGAAGGCAAGGAGAACCAAGGGGGUGAUUUCCCCGAGAAGGUGGAUCUCGUGUUCCUCGACUUCAUUACGCCGUUGGUGUUGGUCGCGCUCAAGUUUGCUGGGGGUGGUGACUAUACCGAAGGGGAUGUGAAGUUGUAUGUUGAAGGGACGUUUACGGAGCUGAUGGCGGGGUGGAUUGAGGAGAACUGGCCGAAGACCUGCUAG